AUGAACUGGCACCAGAGCACCACCGUUCAGCUGAGUGGACUAAUUGUCUCCCUCUUUGGUUGGGUCUUGUCAUGUGUUACGACUUACGUGCCUCUCUGGAAGAGCCUCAACUUGGAAUUAAAUGACCUUGAAGUCUGGAACAUGGGACUUUGGCAGACCUGUGUCAGUCAGGCAGUCACGCAGUGUGAGGACUACGCUUCUCUUCUGGCCCUGCCUUUGGAGAUCAAGAUUUCCAGGGUGCUUAUGGUUACUUCCAACGGACUGGGCUUCCUCGCAUUCUCCUUGGCCCUUUUGGGAUCAAACUGCCUGAAGACAAGUGACCCAAGACAGAAAAGACAGUUUGGGAUUACAGGCGGGAUUCUCUUCUGUAUCUCUGGAAUAACAACUCUUGUUCCCAUCUCCUGGGUUGCCUACAACACGGUGCAAGACUUUUGGGAUCAAACCAUACCAAAUGUUGUCCCGAGGUGGGAAUUUGGCGAAGCGCUUUUCCUGGGCUGGUUUGCUGCAUUUUUCCUCCUGUUAGGUGGCUGCCUUGUAAUCAGUGCUGCCUGUUUCCUAAAGACCCCGGAGGCAUCUAAGAGGCCGGCCAUCCACCAUAAAGCGGAGAUAGCCACACUCGCCAUCCGGCACCCACUCUCAUCACCUAAAAAUGCAGACCUUGUCAUCUGA